AUGAACGAACAACUUCCUGUGACAAGCCCAGUAAUACCACAAGAUUCUAGGGAAUUCCUAACAACUCUCUGCACUGAGUGUUAUUUUCAAGUAAAUGUUGGAGCACGUGGGCGACCAACAUUUGCGGCAACCAACUCUUCACUCGUUCUCGAAAAGCGUGACCGUGUUCAUUUGAGAGUGGUGAACCCGGAUCGGAAUCUCACCUCCGUGUUCGUCUCGUUUGUUCUAACCAUUCAGGCAGAGAUGCGACCUUCAUUUGAUGGAGGCAUUUUGAGGACUCUUGUUCAACUUCUGGACACUAAUAUCGAAAUGGAAGUUGGUGCAUUUCCAAAAUCAUGGGGAAUUUUCAUGCAAGAUCUCAUGAGAGGAAUGAUCAUGGACAUGCUGUGGCCUGAGAUCAAGAACGCCAUUGAAGAACUCAGUUACGGAAAAGGAGUACGGAUCUCUCGUGCCUGUGGUGUGGAUCCAAAUGAGAUCAGUCUUGAAAUAGGAGAAGGAAGCUUCGCAGUGACGUCUCGUCUGGCUCUGCAGUACCUCGAUCUCGAUAAAUGCCUUAAAGAUUUGAAGACAUCGCUACCAAAUACGUCGAAGAUAUUCCAGAAGAUAGAGCGAUAG